AUAGGGGGUGAAGUGCGCGCGUGUGCAGAUCAUCGGCGCGGCUCCGCCUUUCCUCUUUUCACGCUGGUAUUCUUCCUCACGUCGUCCACAAUAGCAGCCCUGCAUUCCCCAUCGACCUUUGUCUCUCCCGGUCACUCUCUUUGUCUCUCCUCUCGGUCACUCUCUCUCUCUCUCUCUCUUCCUCUCUUCUCUCUCUCUUUCGCUUUCUUUCUUUCUGUCUCUGCGUCUUUCCCUUUCCCUUUUCUUCACACGGGCAAGUUCGGUGGUUUGGGGUUAUUUGUCAGCGCUCAUCGCUGCGUAAUCUGCUGAUUGUUUUGAGAAUACCACGAAGACAUCUGCGGUCGCCUCCAUUUUUCCUCCGCUAUCUAUUCGCUUCCCCUCUUCAUAUCGACUCCGCUUCUCUCUCUCGGCUCCGCCCCUCUUCUCCCGACGGUUUAUUGCUGAUUGAUCGUUUUUCUGAUGCUGCACUUGUUGUGGCCGACCUGGAGCGGCAUCCGGCGUCCUCGCUAUUUCUUCUCUAGUGGGAAGUUCUGUGUCUGAAAAGGAAGGUCCAGCUUGUCGGAUGACGCAAGGACUGUAUGUAUAUCGCGAGGGUUUUCUUUCAAUUUUGGGGCAUAUCCGGCAGUGCUGGCGGGCAAGUGUUCAUAUGAUCGUCUGUCAUUCGGCCCAGACAUUGUUGUGGAUCCGUUUUUCCAGGGUGUGGGGUUGACGACGUCUAUUGGAUCACCACGGGACCUGUGGGAAGAUCGUUUAAAAUUGAGUUGAGAGCCAGCGAAGGCUAGCAGUGAUGUCUCCCUUCCUUCUAUCCAUUCCUUCUUCCACGUACGUAGUCACAUCUGAGAAGCAUCCAUCAGCUGAGGAGACCUAAUCGGCCGCGCAUCUUCCCUAAAUCUCUUCAGUGCUUCAGUCACCUCAAGGCCUUGUCAGGUCCUCCGGUCUGGUUCUCUUCACUGGGGGUCCUUUCUUCUUCGACCGCUUCUGGUUUUCUCUCUGCCGCACUUUCGACCUGCUUUUCAUCACUCUCCCAUUCGUGUUGGACUCCUCCCCUCUGUUCUUUUGCUUUCCGUCAAGAGAGGUACGGGAGCCAAGGCAGUCCUCUGUCAUCCUCUCUUUGGUGGGGCUGCUUGGGGACAUCGUCGUAAGGGUUGUUCUUUUAGGACGAUACGAAGUAUGGAGAAGUGGUAAUGGAGUUGUCAGGUGUAGUUGGAGGCAAUUGAACCCUGUAUUCGUUGGUCCUGGCACUUAUGUUGGCAGUGGAUGCUCUCCUUUGCGGCCGCAACGGAUGAUACCUCGGACUUCAUUUCUGAUUGGUAUGCGGGCCAGAAUUUUUGUGGCUCGUUCGUGAGCGGAAGAGGUGUAGGCAGUCGGCGGAGGAGGCAGGGCAAGGCGGUACCUGUGUGGGAGAGAGCGAGAGCGAGAGAGAGAGAGAGAGAGAGAGAGAGAGAGAGAGAGAGAGAGAGAGAGAGAGAGAGAGAGAGAGAGAGAGAGAGAGAGANGAGAGAGAGAGAGAGAGAGAGAGAGAGAGAGAGAGAGAGAGAGAGAGAGAGAGAGAGAGAGAGAGAGAGAGAGAGAGAGAGAGAGGGGCAGCGUGUGGGGAUUAUUUUACGUAUGGGCCACCGCUUAAAUGUCGUAAGUGAACGUAGGAGAAGGUAGAAGUGGUGAUUAUUUUUCGAGGAUCACCUUUUUUUGCUGGAGUGGAGAGGGGGGAGUGGAAGGUCGUCGACGGAUCGAUAAUGAGGAGGGCGUAUGGCGCUCAUUAACUAAGUUGCGAUGCGUAAGCCGCAGACGGUCUGGGAAGUUGUCGGUAGGGAUCGGAGCUCCCCCGCUUGGGGGUGCGGGGGGGUGGGAGAGGGGGGGAGGGAAAAGAAAAAGAGGGGUGGCUUCGUCGUAGGAUCGAGCUGGAAGAGCGAGCUCGCGACCGAGCGAGGGAGGGUGAGAGGGUGGAAGGGGUACAAGGAGAGGAAAAAGUAGGGGCGAGCUUCGUUACGAGCGUCCGCCAUCUAGCAGCUCAAGGAGCUGCAGAUGGAGAGCGCGGUUGGGGUGCAAAUCCAAACUGGGCCAAGCAUGCAGGGAAUGCAGCAAGCGCAUGGUAGGAAGAGCGAGUGGCGGGUUGUCGGCGAGGGCGCGGGAGUGGCAGGGAGUUCGUCGGGCAGUUCACAGCAGCAAGGGCGAUUGGUGGACGGCGGGGCGGGAGUGGGUGGAGGGCAGUCGCGCGUGACUGCCGCACGUGCCCGAUCCAAUCCGGGGGGUGUAGGGGCCGGAGGUCCCCGCAAUAGCAACAGGAGCAGGAACGGUCGGCUCUUCAAUCCCAACAGCAGCACCCAUUCUAGCGACUCUGAGAACCAGGAAAGGCUGAGCGGGGUUGGGGAGUCGCAGGCGAUGAGCUCUGUCACGCAGGACUCUAUGUCCAAGCCAUCUGGAGGAAGAGCCGAGGUGUACAGCGAGAUGCGGCAUCAGCACAACCAUGUUGCACUGCAUGUUGCACAACUGUCUGCAGCACCUUCCCUGGGUGGAGAUGACAGUGAGGAAGUCAUUCAGCAAAAACUCCACGAAUAUGCAUCGCAGCAGGAACGGAUGCGGCAGUACGAAGUGGAAUUGCGUGCACAAAUGCUUGCACGGUCUGAGGUGGCACGGACACAAUCAGCUUAUGAUGAGCAGAUCAAACGCUGCUCUGAUCUCGAGGGGCAAUUGCAGGCAGUAAGGAGUCAGUUGCAGGAGAAGGAAGAGCAGAUCCAGCAGCUACAGCAACAAGUUCAACAGCUUCGAGAGACGCAAAUGCAGACUAAUGAGGCGCCGGACGCUGGACGAGCACCUCGAGCACCUUCGCGCCGUGUUGGAGCGGCUACGUAUCCCCAAGUACAAGGCAAACCGCGACAAGUGCAAGUUUGCCCAGCAAGUUACUACAUGCGCUUCGUCAAAGGGUUUCAACGGAUCGCUGCACCAUUGUCGCAACUUCAGUCCCUCUUGGUGCCCUUCGAAUUCAACGACGAAGCCCGACAUGCGUUUCAUAUGCUGAAGAUGGCUUCGCUCCAAGCUCCCGUCUUAAGCAUCUAUGACCCGACCUUGCCUACCAAAGUGACUACGGACGCUUUCGGCUACGGCAUUGCGGCGGUUUUGGAACAGUAUGACGGCACAGACUGGCAUCCGGUUGAGUACUUCAGCCGAAAGGUGCCACCCAUCAACACUCUUGAUGAUGCGAGGAAGAAGGAACUGCUAGCUUUUGUCACCGUACUUAAGCUUCGACUUACCUCCAAGCACAUUUCGGGCUCCUCGAACAAGGCAUUGGAUGCUCUCUCGCGAAGACCAGAUUUUUGCGCCUUGGUGCACUCCACAUUCGGCCUCGACGAGAACCUGCAACAACAUUUCGUAAACGGCUACAAGACGGAUCCGGGAUUCUCCACACUCUAUGCGGACUUAUCAUCGGAUCACCCGCGGGCAAGCAAUUAUCGCAUUGUCGACGACUACUUGCUUCUCCAUACACGUGGCAAGGACUCGUUGUGUGUUCCCCAAGACCACAUCUUGAGCACUCUCCUCCUUGGCGAAUACCACGAUUUGCGGAUGGCGGGACACCUUGGCGUCACACGCACACUCGCACGACUCCGCCAACAAUUUCACAGGCCGGACAUCAUCAGCGACGUCAACCGGUACUUUGAGUCAUGUGCGGUUUGCCAUCGGAACAAAGGGCGCCAUCAGCUCCCAUACGACGAUCUGAAACCAUUGCCGAUUCCUCGGGAACGACGUCUUUCCACUGCUAUGGAUGUGACCGGUCUGUUCCCUCGCGAUUGCCUUGGCCAUGAUGGUAUUCUCAUGGUCGUUGACCAUUUGAGCAAGUACGCUCGAUUUCAUCCAUGCAAGUAUCAUGCGACGGCUCCCAAGCUCGCACGACUUUUGCAUACUGGCUGGUUUUGCAGCCACGGCGUUCCGGAAGACAUCGUCAGUGACCUCGACACUCGUUUCAUGUUAGCCUUUUGGACGACACUCAUGGUGGAAUCCGACAGCAACAUGAAAUCGAGUUUCGCACGACAUCCUCAAACGGAUGGGCAAACGGAAUGUGCCCAUCAGACUGUGCAGAUGAUGCUCCACACACUCAUCCGCGCAGAACAAAGGGACUGGGUUGACCGCCUUCGCGAAAUCGAGUUUGCCUACAACACUUCGGUGCAGCAGGCGAUUGGCGUGACAUUUGAGUUGCAACACGGUGGACGGAAAGGACGUAUCUUCGCAGGCAUUUUGCUUCCACAGGCUUCCGAUAUCGACGUCGCUUGCUCCCCCGCUUCUACACGGAAGUACAGGGAAUUGCUGGCCAAAGCCCGCGCAAACAUGCAGAAGGCCCAGGUGCAAAGGCUUGGUGAAGUGCACUUCGACAUGCUUGAUUUUGUGCGGCUGCGCGAUGGGCGACUCAGUGCCACAUCAGCAGUGCCAAGUCAGCAGUGCCAUGUCAGCAGUGCCAUGUUAGCAGUGCCACAUCAGCCACAGUGCCAUGUAAGCAGUGCCACAUCAGCAGUGCCAUGUCAGACACAGUGCCAUGUAAGCAGUGCCACAUCAGCAGUGCCACAUCAGACACAGUGCCAUGUCAGCAAUGCCACGUCAGACACAAUGGCACCUCAGGCAGAGUGCCAUGUCAGCAACAUGACGGGCCUGCCAGGCCAACUGGCCAAUGAGCCCAUUGCCGACUACAAAAAGCACUUUCAGGCUCAGAUCGUUGCAAUCGAGGCUGAGGAAAGGCUGCCCAGCUACAGGCUGAAGAAGCGGCAACAGCAGAGUUGGCUACAAGUCGAAGCAGACGCAGAUGCCCAGGCUCGCCGCAAGGAAGCCCAGGAUCUGCUGCAGCGGCAUGAAGCCACAAGCAUCGAAAAACUCAAGUUCUGGCACUUUGAACCAAACGGCGACGAUGGAACACCGGAAGAGCAGCAUAAGGAGUUUCUCUCCAAACUCGUGACACGGUUGUUGUAUGCUUGCAACUACCAAUGGUCCGAGUUGGAGAAACAGUACCAGAACCUGACGCAACAACAUCAGGAGUUGGCAAAGCUCCGCCGUACAGGGCAGAGCCACGAGGAUGUAACUCGGACACUCGAUGCCCGAUUGCUGGACCUGGAACAGGCUGUACCAGGACCAGCUGCUGGGGCUUCCAGCAGUGCAUCCUCUAGCCGCCAACUGGAGGAACGCGUUGACCACGUAGUGGAAAUGCUCGGCGACAGCAGCACCUUCGCUGCGCCGACCACCAUCAGCAGUCAGCUGCAUACCUUGAAGAAUGAGGUCCAGCAGUUGCAGUCGACGAACGCGGAUGACCAUCCGAAGAUGUACAAGAUGCCAACUUUCCAAGUGGACAAGUUCGACGACUACACGCAGCAGGAUCCGACGAUCAGGGACGCCUACCCUCUCCCACGCAUCGAUGACCUUCUCGAGCGAUUGGGCGGCGCCCAAUUCUUCUCUAAGCUGGAUCUCAAGUCUGGGUACCAUGAACUCGAGAUUUGCAAGGAGGAUCGCUACAAGACCGCGUUCAAGACACGGUAUGGGCAUUUCGAAUGGCUGGUUAUGCCGUUUGGCCCUAAGAAUGCCUCAACCACUUUCCAAGCGGCUAUGACAACGGAGUUUCGACACAUGCUGAAUCGGUUUGUACUCGUCUACCUCGACGACAUCUUGGUGUACAGUCGGAGUUUGGAUGAGCUUGUGGAACAUCUGCGCACCGUUUUGGAGCGGCUACGAAAGGCCAAGUACAAAGCAAACCGCGACAAGUGCGAGUUCGCACAGCAGGAGCUGGAGUACUUGGGCCACUAUGUGACGCCGAGAGGCAUCCGUCCGCUCGCGGACAAGAUCGAGGCCCUACGAGUGUGGCCCGAGCCCACCAACACCAUGAACGUUCGUUCAUUCAUGGGGUUGGCGGGCUACUAUCAGCGAUUCAUCACCGGAUACUCAAGGAUUGCUGCACCGAUGACGAGAUUACAAUCGCCAAAGGUGCCAUUUGUAUUGGAUGACGAUGCACGCUUGUCAUUCCAAGGACUUAAGACGGCCAUGCUCAUGGCACCCGAUGUUUCACGCAAACUGCUUCCCAAGUGGUUUGGAACUUGGUCUGUGACAGCAGCCGCGGGCGAUGAGCCCAAUGGCCCCUCAUUUGUGAUCAACAUUCCAGAGCAUCUGACGGUCCAUCCGGUCUUCCACGCCUCGAAGCUGGCAACAUACACGCCAGCCAAGAGCGACGACUUUCCGGACCGACGAUCGCAGGACCCUCCUAUGGAUGGUCAUCAGGAAGUUGACCGCGUCAUCACCGAUCGCAAGUACGGCAGCAGGCCGCGACAGCACAAAGUCACAUUCAAAGCAUGUGAUCGUGAUGACACUCGGUGGAUUUCAGGCGCAGAUUUGAAAGCAUCCGCACCACUGAUCUACGCCCAUUGUGAAAAGCGGAGGUUAGCUCAGGAAGCUUCACGACCCGCCCCUCCCACCCGGACUGUGGUCCCUCCCUCAGGCAGACAGCUUUGCCCUUGCAGGUGUGAGGCUGAUGACGCGAAGGUGACCAGCAUUCGUGAUUGGCAACGUCCUCAAUUUGUGACUGAGACCGGCUACUACCCCAUAGUGGCCGCACCUUUGAUGGACCUGACCCGCCUUGACACCCCGUGGGAGUGGACAAACAGGUGUGAGGCUGCUUUCAGACAUCCAAAGCAUGCUCUAACACACCAUGAGGUCUUGAAGCUCUCGAAUGAUAAGCCGUUUAUAGUCACCACAGAUGCUAGCCAAUGUGGCAUAAGUGCUAUGCUCGCGCAGCAGGAGGGUCCAAAGUUGAGGCCUGUUGAGUACAUGUCCAAAAAGAUGCUCUCUCAGAAGUUGGCCAAGUCCACCUAUGAGAAGGAGCUCUAUGCGAUCUACAAAGCGCUAACCCACUGGUGGCACUACCUCCUUGGGAGGUUCUUUUACGCUAGGACCGAUCAUGAGACCCUGAAGUGGAUGAGAACCCAGCCGGUGCUCUUUGAUGCGCUAAAAUGUUGGAUCGAAGUCAUUGAGCCGUAUGACUUUGAGCCCCGGCACAAAGGAGAGUAUAAUAAAGUUGCUGAUGCGCUGUCGCGUAGACCAGAUCCGUUUAUGGCUGAGAUCAUACGCAGACUCGAGGCGGAGGACAAAGCGACUGUGGAGCCCGGUGAGAGCCUGUCCAUGGACUUCAUGGACAUGCUGGUCACCAGCAAGAGCGGAAUGCGGCACAUUUUUGUCAUUGUGGAUAGAUUUAGUAAGUAUGCUAGAUUAGUAGCAAUGGCUGAAACAGCAAAAACGGAGUGUGUGAUUAGACUCUUCAAGGAGAACUGGGGCAGGGACUUUGGGCUUCCUAAGUCUAUUAUUAGUGACAGGGAUGUCAGAUUAACAAGUGAGUUGUGGAAGGAUGCAGCUGCAGAACAGGGUACACAGCUGCAGAUGACCUCCGAGAACCGUCCAGAGGCAAACGGCCAAGCAAAGCAGCUGAACCGCGCUGUACAACACCUGUUGGGGCACUACAUCAAGCCCAACCAGGUGGACUGGGAUGAGAAACUUGCUCUUAUAGCCAGCCUGUACAACAAUGCUGUGCACAGCGCCACCGGGUUUGAGCUGGCAAAUCUCCAGCGGGCCAUGAGGAUCUACAAGGCCCAGCGCGAGGAUGCGACACGGGCACUUGAUUCCCGUAUGCAGGACCUGGAGCAAGCUGCACUAGGACCGCAGGCUGGCGAGUCCAGCAGCGCACCCUCGAACCGCCAACUGGAGGAACGCGUUGACCACGUAGUGGCAAUGCUUGGUGACAUUAGUACCUUCACAGCGCCAGCUACCAUCAGCCAGUGGCUCGACGAUCUGGAUGCCAAGUUCGGGCAGCAACAGCAGCCAUCUGAGUACAGCACCAACAACAGCUCGACGAAGCCGUACAAGAUAUCGACAUUCCGGAUCGAGAAGUUUGACGACUACACUCGUCAAGACCCGGUCGUUUGGUGGCAAGGAUUUACGACGGAGUUGGGGAUUCACGAGGUCCCAAACCAUCUGUUCAUCAGUGCGCUGUUCCUCGACACCAAGGGAGGAUGCCAAAUCUGGCUCAGCCACGUGGCAAACGUCCACGGCGUCCAUGUUUCGCACCUGUACAAGAUGGUCCCUUGGGAGGUCAUGAGGAAGGAGUGGAAGAAGCGGUUCAUAGUGGCCGACGCACCUGCGCUCGCCAUCAACCGCAUCUUCGCGAUGGCUCAAGGGAGCACACCGACACGUGACUGGCUCACGAAUUGGCAGAAGAUCGAGGCCAGGCGUGAUCUGGACUUACCGUUCACACAUCUGCGCCGUGAGUUCUACAACAGGUCAUGCGCCGCUCUCAGCCUCGCACUUGGUGAUCGCGAGCAGUAUACCAAAUUCGCCGAAAUCAUCAACAAGGCGAGAGAUCAAGACCAACAGGCCGGCUGCACACGAGAAGUCAACAUGGCAGCCUACCUUUGUGGAGAAGGUGUAAACUGGUCCGCGGCCGCAACAUGACUUCAUGGUGCGCCCCGGCCUUGGCCCACGCGUUCUGAGGAAGUCCCAGCCUACGCAAGUCACGUUGGCGGAUGCACUCACAAGUCAAUCGACCGGUGCAUUGAUGACGUCCCAGUGUACUUUGCCCCUCACGCAAGUGAGGCCGCGUCCGUCGACAUUGUGGACACCAAAUUCGACAUGAUCUUGGGCAUGUCAUGGCUGCGAAGCGAGGACCACCCGGUGAACUUCUACCGCCGCACCGUUCACGUUCGUGAUCGGAACAGAGUACUAGUCCCAUGCACGGUGCCUCCUCAUCACCCUUCCAUCAGCUGCCACGUGGUAUACGCCGCAAGCAUGCGAGCUUCCAUCGUCAGAGACGACAUCGAGGAGAUGGGGGUGUGUUUUCUCCACGCCCUCCCGCCCCAUGACGCUUCACCGACGAACUCGUCUUCGGAUCCACGCAUCAUCGAGCUUCUCGGUGCCUACGACGACGUGUUCGAAGGCCCGCACGGAGUAGUACCGGAUCGGCCCAUCCGCCACGAGAUCAUCCUCGAGGACGGGGUCGUACCUCCGCGUGGUUGCAUCUACCGAAUGAGCGAGGAAGAGUUAAGUGUGCUUCGGGCACAACUCGACGACCUUCUGGAGAAAGGCUGGAUUCGGCCUAGCUCAUCGCCAUACGGUGCKCCUGUUCUCUUCGUCCGGAAGAAGAACAAGGAUCUGCGGUUGUGCAUCGAUUAUCGUAAGCUCAAGGCGCAAACAAUCAGAAACGCCGGCCCUCUCCCACGCAUCGACGACCUUCUCGAACGACUGGGCGACGCCAAGUUCUUCUCCAAGCUGGACCUCAAGUCGGGAUAUCACCAACUCGAGAUUCGAAACCGGAGUUUGGACGAGCAUGUGGAACACCUGCGCACCGUCUUGGAGCGGCUACGACUAGCGAAGUACAAAGCCAACUACGAUAAAUGCGAAUUCGCAUGGCAGGAGCUGGAGUACUUGGGACAUUAUGUGACGACGCAAGGCAUCCGUCCGCUUGCGGACAAGAUCGAGGCCCUCUGCGUAUGGCCCGAGCCCACCAACACCACGGACGUUCGUUCAUUCAUGGGGUUGGCGGGCUACUAUCAGCGAUUCAUCAUCGGAUACUCAAGGAUUGCUGCACCGAUGACGAGAUUACAAUCGCCAAAGGUGCCAUUUGUAUUGGAUGACGACGCACGCCGGUCAUUCCAAGGACGUAAGACGACCAUGCUCAUGGCUCCCGUCCUUAACAUCUAUGAACCCACCCUGCUUACGACGGUGACAACUGACGUUUCCGGCUAUGGCAUUGGGGCAGUCUUGGAACAACACGACGGCGAUGAUUGGCACCCUGCGGAGUAUUUCAGCCACAAAGUGCCUCCCAUCAACUCGCUUGAUGAUGCAAGGAAGAAGGAGCUCCUCGCGUUCGUGAUGGCUCUCAAGCGAUGCCGGCACUUCCUCCUUGGGCGUCGUAGGUUCACAUGGGUUACGGACAACAACCCACUGACGUACUACAAGACGCAGGAUAUGGUGAGCAGCACGAUCGGACAAUGGAUGUACUUCAUUGACCAAUUCGACUUUACACCGAAACAUCUUCCCGGCCUUUCCAAUCGCGCAGCAGAUGCACUCUUGCGAAGACCUGAUCUUUGCGCUAUGACACAUCAUGCCUUCGCAUUCGACGAGGAACUUCAUCGACACUUCAUCCCGGGAAAUGGGUCGGAUUCGAACUUCGCCACGUUGUAUGAGCAGUUAUCUUCGGAUCACCCGCUGGCCAGCCACUAUCGCAUUGCCGACGAGUACUUGCUCCUCCACUCGAGAGGCAAGGACUUGUUGUGUGUCCCACGAGACCGUCGUCUUCGGACUCGCCUUCUCGGCGGUGCAAUCGCAAUCCCUACGGCGAGUUGCACCCGAUGCCUAUCCCAUGGGAACCCGGCCUUUCCAUUGCCAUGGAUGUCACCGGACCAUUUCCUCGCGAUCGCCUCGGGCACGAUGGCAUCCUCACGGCCGUAUCUUCGCCGACCUUCUCCUCCCACGACCAGCCGACAUCGAUGCCGCUCGCUCUCCCGCGUCCGUCCGGAAGUACAGGAAUUGCUGGCUCAAGUCCGCGCGAAUAUGCAAAAGGCUCAAGUCCUUAUGCAGCAACAAGCCAACAGGCAUCGCGUGCCAUGUCCCAUCCGCGCCAGCGACCUGGUUUGGGUUUCCGCGGAAGAGUUUGCAUUGGAACAGGAUGUCUCAUGCAAACUGCUUCCCAAGUGGUUUGGACCAUGGCCCGUAAAAUCAGCCGCAGGCAAUGAGCCAGAUGGCCCUUCCUUUGUGAUCAACAUCCCCCCGCAUCUGACGGUCCAUUCAGUCUUUCACGCCUCGAAGCUGGCAACAUACACGCCUGCUAAGAGCGACGGCUUUCCGGGCCGACGAUCGCAGGACCCUCCUUCUAUGGAUGGUCAUCAGGAAGUUGACCGCGUCAUCACCGAUCGCAAGUAUGGCAGCAAGCCGCGACAGUACAAAGUUACAUUCAAAGCAUGUGAUCGCGACGACACUCGGUGGAUUUCAGGAGCAGAUUUGAAAGCAUCCGCACCACUGAUCUACGCGCAUUAUGAGAAGCAAAGGUUAGCUCAGGAAGCUUCACGACCAGCCCCCCCCACCCGGACUGUGGUCCCUCCCUCAGACAGACAGCUUCGCCCUCGCAGUGUACAUGACGUCAACAGCAAUGCCGACCACCAGCAUAUCCAGGCGUGGGCGAAGGAAGGGCUUCUACGGGAGCAGAGCAAUGAAUUGUUGACGUUGAGGGCUGAGAGAGACAGUGCUAUUGCAGAAGGAAAUGCAAAGGCGGCAUUGUGUGAAGAGGAGCGUGCUGAGCACGUGAAGCAGGUGGAGGAGUUAAAGGAGCAGAUCAAUGAGAAAGACCGGCAGCUGGAGGCUGCAAAGGAGCAGGCUCGAGAACAGCAGGAGAUGCUCUGGAACAAGGAGGAACAGUUGAGGGAAACUGCAGCAUGGGCAUUGCGCGCACAGGAACUGGAAAUGCUGCAUAUGAGUCUUGCUACAGACCUGCGUGAAAAGCAUGAGCAAUUGAACCAGCUCUGGGCUGUACAUCAGCGGCAAAGUCAGCAGCUUACGGAAAGCGAACGAUAUCAUCAGAUGGUCAUCGCAGGCCUACAGGCCGAGGUCAGAGAGCAGAGCCGGGUUUUGGGGGGUGGAAAGACACUCCCCACAGCUGCUACCCUCGCAGGGAAUGAUCAAAAGCAUGAGCGUAAUGGUUCUGUCGGACAGACUAUUGGAGAUUCUUUGGUGUCUGGUGAGUCACACUCUGGUGCCGAGGGUGGAUCUCAAACAAGGGGACUGAGGAGUGUUGGAGCAGGUGCGGCAGUUGUUUCUGCACGAACAAAGCUUGCUGUUAGUGCACCUGGGGUUAUAGAUGCUGUCAUCCCAGUGGUUAUUCCCAGGGAUGCGCCGAGUAAGGUUGAACAAGCAACUGGAGUUCCUGUAGUGACACCCCCUAUUCUCAGCUUAGCGCCAGGGAUGCCACCACCUGGGCCAUUGUCUGCACAGCUUCAUCUUCAUAUGCAUCAACCUACGGCUGUGCCAUCCCCUCACCAUAUGCAUCAGGCAGCUAUCCAAGUUGGUCCCCAUCAGCAGCAAGUGGCAAGCUUACAACAGAUUCCUGUCCUAACAUCCCAACAGCACUAUGCAACACAGAACUCCAUCCAGCCACAGGCCAUUGUGCAGCAUCAGUCUCAGUUGCAGCAGCAGCAAGCAUUGCAGGCGCAAAGGGGUCAGCAUAGGCAACUUAUGCAGCGACCAGUGCAAGUGCAGCAGCAGCAGCAACAACAGCAGCAGCCACAUCAACAAGAAGAGGCAACAACGCAUGCAGGGCAGGUUGCACAGCAGGCACAAAGUCAGGGAAUGAGUCAGACAUCUUUAGGGCAACAUCAUCAUGUGCAGCAUCACCAGUCGUCCAGUCAGCAACAUUCGCAAUCCCAUCAGGCAGUUCAUCAUCAUCAGCAGCUUCAGGCUACUCAUCAACUGCAGCUGCAAUCACAUCAUCAUCAUCAGCAGCAGCAGCUGGUGCAGCAGCAGGAUCAGCAACAGCAAGAGCAGCAGCAGGUCUUACGACAGCAAGACAAGCAGCAGGAGCAGCAACAUCUUCAGCCACAGACACAGCACCGAUCAGAGCAAGAGGAAAAGCAGUUGCAGUUCCAGGAACAUCUGCAAGAUCAGGCACAUCACCUGGAAGGGGGCCAGGUUGGCCUUAUGCAGCAACCUCAUGUGUCAACAGAAUCUCAUAUGGUAGGUCAGCAGCAGCAGCAGCAGCAGCAGCAAGGCGGGGGACAGGGAGGACAUGUCCAGCAUCCUCAGGUUAUCACGAUGCUCAACAAAGGUCAGACGUAUCCAUCACAGCACUUGGUGGAAAUGCACCCCCAUGGUCCUGCCGUUGGUUCUCACUUUCCAGGACAGCAGUCAUCCCAUCUGACUUAUCACCACCAGCAGCAGCCCCAGAGCCGCUUUUUGCAGGCCUCAAGGCAGAUCAUGCCGCAUGCUCUUCAGCAGGGUACACAGCAAAUCGGCCAAACCCAACCUCAGCAGCAAUCACAGCAGCAGCAGCAACCAGACCAGCAGACACAGCAGCAGCAGUUCCCAGUUUCGUCAGUCAUGCAAGCUCAGUCACAGCAGCAUGAGCAACAUGGGCAAAAUGUGCAGACAAUGUCAGACCAAGUCCAUGGUUCUGUUCUUGUCCAACAGCAACAGGCUGUGAGCCUAGUGGCAAAACAGCAGAAUGUGCAAGAAGUAAGUGCCCAACCUCAGGCACACACGGCUCCGGUGCAGAGUGAGACUAUGCCAGGCCAGUCACAUAUGUCACAGGGAGACCAGAGUGUGCACCUGCAACACCAGCAGGGAUUGCAAGCUGCAGAGCAGAUGGGAAUGGUUUCCUCCUCUGUUGGAUUAAUGGGCCCAGGUGCAGUGCCAUCAGCCAUUCAAGCCCAACAGAAUCAGUUUGUUCAAGGGCAGCAAGGCUUGUCAGCUGCAAGUAGGACCUCUGAAUGUCAUCAGGAGAGGGAAGUAACUGUGUCAGCGGAGGGGCAGUCAGGGAAGACCAGUUCCAUAGAAUUGGCUGGGAACAGACCGGCAGCACACACUCAAUUGCUUGACGAAAAGGCUUUGCUCCAGUGUCUUUUCCGCAUCAUUCCAUCAUCAGACCCAAAGGAUGCUCUCAAGAUAAGCACAACGGUCGCAAACAGGCUUACGAAGUUCCUUGCCCCUCUCCAUUGGCAUGAUUAUCGAAAGCAGUAUGGGCGAUUAGACGAGUUCCUUGCAUCACAUUCAGAGUGCUUUGUUCUCCUGGACAACGAUCACGUUUGCUUGCAAGAGGGUGCACGGUCUGUGAUAUCAGGCUUGGCAGUUAGUGCUAGAGCUGCAGCAGUUGCAGCAGCUGGAGUGCAGACAGCCAUGUCAUCCAUUUCGCCAACUGUUGUUGUCACACCUGUUUCUGCACAAGCUGCAAUGCGCAGCCGUGGUUUGAGGCCAGGGAUGCCUAUGGUGCCUGUCAGCAGAGAUAAGAUUAUGAACUUGGGGAGCCAGCCUUCUACAGGUGUGUCAAAUACUGGGAGCGGUGCUGGAAACAAUAACCCUCAUGGCUCUGUGGUGGGUGGUACCAGUGAUGUUACAACCAAAUCUAUUUGUGUUCCCGUAAGUGGUGCCGAAUCGACUGGCAUGGGGGACGACCAGGUGCUGAAUACUAGGAGUGGAAGUAUGAGCAACGGUUUUGGAGUGAUGCGUAACAGCCCAAGUAAUGGUCCCCAGGGCAUGAAUUCAGCAGUCAACGGUGGCCAUCCACUGGGAGGUGGCGCUGGUAGUUCAGGUAUAAAUGUGAGAGGAGCACAGCCUCUAUCAGGUAGCAAGGUCAAUGGUAUGCUCUCUGCCAAUGGCAUUAUUGGACCCCCUGCAGGGGUUGGCAACGGGGUAAUGAACGGUCACGUCAUGAGCGGUGGCAACCAGCGGGGUGGUGCCUAUGGUUAUGCAGCUGUGCGGGCAAACACUCGAUGAGUCGAUUCGUCCUUGAGCAGUGAAUGCAUCUGGACGGCUCACAUGAUUUGAGCGGUGAAAGUUCAGCAUAAGAAAGUCAGCGCUGUAUGAACUUCGAAUGUGGGUUGUUGUUAGUGCUUGCAAGGAGGGUUUCUGUUGACAUUUUCAUUUUCCCUUUGUAAAACAUACACACGGCUGGUUGUAGAUCUGCAUGCAUGGACAUGGAAGAAGGCACAUGGACACUGCUGUACUUCGAUGAUUACACCAGUGAUAUGGAUGUUUGAUGCGUCACCCUUCGAUUGACCCUGGCUGGAUGUUGCUAGAUCAUGGUUAUAAUUUGCUGAGUGCGAUAGGGUGGAAAGGACCAACAAGGUUUGUAAAUUGUCUUCAGGGUUGUCAGUGGCUUUCUUUUUCCUAUUUGUUCGUCUCCUCCCCCCCCAAAAAAAACCCUUCACCCGCCCCAAGUGUUGUUUGGAACCCCCUAACUUUGCCAAUGGGUCAGGGCAUUGAGACCGGAGGUGGUAUCGCCGUCAUGCAAUGAUAACGAUAGCAGGGUGCAGUGACAGCUUGCGGUCGGUUCUGACCAAUGCCUGUAGUGCCCCGUCCUCUUACGGCAUUCUUGCCAUGUUUAUCUGGGCCUGCCGACCUUUCACCUCAGAUUCCGAGCAUGGCUUUGCAGGAUGUCCUGUUAUCUCCGUACUACCGUAUUAUAUGCUGUUCACUCAUUCACAGGAAGCAGGGAGAGUGGUUGCCUCUGUUGUCAGGGAGCAGAGGAGGUGUUUUCAAAAUCUCUAAAAGGAUUGAAGUAUUGAAAGCUUGGGCGCUCUACACAGCUCCUUACUUUACCAACCCCCCCUCUUCAUUUGUCUGUUGUGUAGUGCAAGCAUAUAAAACACACUGACUUUCUCUCUCUGCGUUUGUCUCUGUGUUGGUCUCUGCUGAGCUAUUGCAGUCCUUUUUCUCCCACCUGUACUUUUCCCGCUUUUGUAGCUGCCUGUCCGUCCUGUAUUCUGUAUUCCUCCUCCCAGCAGUAUGAAUGAGCCUGGGAUAGCCGGCAGUUACUCAACAGCAAGUGGGUCAGCCUGUAUUUGGAAACGUACCUGCUCAUUUCCAUUGACUUGAUUUGAGAAAAGCCUGUUGAAACUUUGCCUGCCUUGCUGUAAGAGUGAGGCGUUGUCCUUGCACCGGGUUGAUUUUGGCAAUCUCAUGAGUGUUGUCCUCUUGAUGUCAAGUUUGACGAUGACUUACUGCUCACAGGUGACGAGACUGGUGUUUACUGUGGUAAAAGGAAGUGUCUUCGGCUUUUGCUUUUUACUGGUUCACAAAGCGGGAUGACUGCAAGGCAAGGUGUAGUUGGUCCGAAGACGCUGAAGUAUAAAUAUUACCUUCCGGUCUAAAAAUGCCGGUAUAAAAAUGCCGGUAUAAAAAUGCUACAGUCCAUGUCCCAUCUGUUCCAAAAGACAACUGUAUGAGGUGGUCGUUUCGAGCUCUUUAUGUCAAGCAAUUGCAUGAGAAACCCAAUUUCAGUUUGUGCAUGAGGAUAGGAUAAAUGGCGAGUCGGAACCUAAAUUGGUGUUUGAUGAUAAUGGCAGCCCUUCUCCUGCGCAUCCCACAACCUGAUCAUUAUGGAACCUCGAAUCCCCAUGAUCUCCUGUUUGGAAAUGAGGAAGGAGAGUAAGACAGCAGGAUUGCAUCUCUUCAAGGCUAGCAGGAUUGCACUUCAUCG